AUGCCGCCAACCUGUGUGCCACUGUCCACGGAAUUCAUGCCAGGCCUGGACUGGCGGCCGUUAUGUUUCGAGCAUCCCCUUCCUUUUGACCAGGUGUGCCAAGUUUGCGGAGUACUCAUUUUAUUACUGUGCAAGGAAAGAGUCGUGCUGCCCUGUUCCCACACACUCUGCAACGUUUGCUUCGAGAGCACCGUGAACCUGGGUUGCGUGUGUCCGCUAGACACAGCCAACUUCGACAAGGAUGCGGUGGACAAGUUGAGGUUGCGACCGCGACAGUUGCUGAAACUGAGUGUGUCUUGCUGGAAUGCUGAGCAUGGCUGCAACUUCGUCGGGCCCGUCUCCGAGCUCUUGGAUCACUUCGAAAAAGAAUGCACUCACCACAGGGCUUCUUGUCCUAAGUGUCAUCAGGACGUGCCACGGACGGGCCUCGUGCAGCACUGCGUCCAAGACUGCGACCCCACACAAGGAGCGGAAGCGCUGCAGCCAAGGGUGACACUGCAGGGAGUACAGUUGCGUCAAAGCUUGGAGAAAGCCAGUGCUGAAAUCAAGCAGUCUAUUACUGAACUUAAGGACAGCUACUAUGGGCUGCAGGACAGUGUUAACACCGUCGCGGAUGACGUCAAGCUUGAACAUUCACAAUCAAAUCGAGCUGUUACUGAAGUUCUGUCGGGCGUCAUGCAACAGCUUGAGAAGACGCAGCCAGGUCUGACUAAGCUGGGAAAACAGUUACUUGAAAACUUUGAGAACGCCAGAGCGGAUAUCAAGCAGUCCAUGGCUGAACUCAAAGAUGGCUACUCUGGGUUGCAGGCGAGUGUCAACGCAGUUACGGAUGACCUCAAGCAUGGGCCUUCAUCAAGUAUUGAUGCCGUGUCGAGUCGUCUCGCACAUCUUCAGAGAAUGCAGUCAGAUGCGAAUCACCGGGAAGGAGAGUUACUCGAAGACUUGAGGAGGUCUUGUGCUGAUAUCAAACAGACCGUUUCUGAUCUCAAGAACGACUUCUGUAGGCCGCAGACAAGCAGUGGCGUAUUCAAGGAUGACGUGAAACUCGGGCACUCAGGAAAGAGGUCUACAAAGGAGGCAGUGAUCCAUAUGGCGAAAUUGCCGAGGAACAUGCAACAGGAUGCUGUGCGCUUUGCCACCCAGGGCCUGGAGAAGUUUCAAGUUGAGAAGGACAUUGCAUUUUACAUGCAGUAUAAGUUCAAUGUGAAGCACGAACCGUUCUGGCAGUGCGUCGUGGGGACCAACUUCGACUCGUAUGUGCAUUAUACAAGAAGGUAUUAUAUCGACUUCAACCUGGGCCAGAUGAGAAUCUUGCUCUUCAAGGCAAAAUCUAGCGAGUAUUAAUUUGGUAACGUGUUCUAAAAGAAAAAAAAAACAGCCGUCGAAUGCCAAAAUAGUUAUGGACGUUUUGUACAUGCGCCAAAUUACAUCCGCAUUGCUGACCUUCUCUUGUCUUACCGAGAUACCGAGCAACUGAAACGAACCCUGACCGGCCUCCACAAGGGCCAAUAGCAGGAAAGGACACAGUGGAAUCUAAAAUGGCGAUAACGUGGCCUGCUAUGGUAAUGAUGAAGUAAAGUAAACGCAAUAAGAGGAAACAAAAACUGAAGGUCGGUUAUGGCGGCGCCCAUGCGCAGCUGCCGCAAACUCUAUUGAAAAAAAAAAUCUGCAGCCCUGAUGUGUUAUGAGACUGUUUCAGCGCUUCGAACCCCUUCAGCCCAUCAAAUCCUCCAGUCCUUCAGACCCCAUCAGCCUAACACCCCUUAGACGCCCAAAUGGCUAUGAACCCUAGACUAACCGCCGAAUUCAGAAACCUCACUCAAA